CGAGCCGUCCGCGUCGCGUUUCGUUUCCCGCCUUUUUCGUUUUCGCGCGCUUUUGUUUGUCUGUGGUCUUUGCGGCCAGUGUGUUCUCUGUGCGCGUUUAAAUUUGGAAUAUUGGAAGAUGGAAGUAGGCGUACAGAUAGUAGGCGUGAUCCUUCGUCUGAUAAACUUCCUUCUGCAACCUCUAUUCUUUCUGGCGGCCGCCCGUGGACCGAAGCUUCGGGUGCCUCCGCCAAAACCCUUGCAUCUCCGAAGCGCCGCCGACCUAGCACGCGCCGUCAGAAAUGGAGAGAUGACAAGUGAAGAACUAGUGACAGCUUUCAUCGAGCGUGUCAAAGAGGUGAACCCGAUCCUCAAUGCCGUAGUCGGCGAGAGAUAUGCAUCAGCUCUAGCUGAAGCAAAAGAGGUAGACCGGCAGAUACAAGAGGCGACAAAAAGUGGGAAACUCAAAGAAAUGUUUCAGAAGAAACCACUGCUAGGAGUUCCUUUCACGGUUAAGGAGAGCUGCUCUCUCGCUGGUAUGUCAAAUUCCGUCGGUUGCCUAGAAAACGCUGGCAGCCGCGCCACGACUGACGGCGCAGCAGUCAGACUAGUGAAAGAAGCUGGUGCCAUACCCCUACUAGUUUCAAACACUCCAGAACUAUGUCUUGGAUGGGAGACGACCAACCUGCUCAACGGGACGACGAAUAACCCUUACUGUGUUAGCCAUACGCCGGGAGGAUCUUCUGGGGGAGAGGGCGCUCUCCUGGCGUGCGGUGCUUCGGUCUUUAGUGUGGCGUCCGACAUCGCUGGCUCCAUUCGACUACCGGCUGCGUUCUGCGGCGUUUUUGGGCAUAAACCCACACCAGGCAUCAUCCCCAUAGAAGGCCACAUCCCUACUCUAAACGACGAGAACUACCCAAAGUUCCUUACAGUCGGGCCCAUGACCAGAAAAGCAGAGGACCUACCCCUCCUCCUUAAUAUAAUGGCGGGAGACAACAAGCACAAAUUCAGACUGGAUGAGCCGGUGGAUAUGAACAAGCUAAAGGUUUUAUACAUGACAGAAGCAACAGACGCAGUACCACUAAUGCCGGUGCACCCUGACAUCAAACAAGCCAUCCGCGCCGCCGCGAGGUAUCUUAGCGAGUGUGGCGCCACCGUCAGCCAGGAAAAGUUUUCAGAACUAGAAAACUCAGUGGAAUUAUCGAUAUCAGUAUUCUUUUCUAUGAAAGAUAUUCCAAACAUGUUGCAAGACCCGACAAAUCCUAAGAUUCAACGCAACCUGUUAGUGGAACUAUUAAAACAUAUAAACGGCGGUGCGACGCGCUCGUUACAAGCACUGGGCUUUACUCUCAUAGACAAAACUAAUUUAUUCAUACCGGAGCAUAGACGGAGCCACUACUGCGAGAGAGCUGACAAGCUGAGAGAACAUAUGACGCGAACCUUGGGCACGAACGGAGUGUUUCUCUACCCAGUGUUCACGGGCCCCGCUCAUCGGCACCACGAAGUGUUUUCUCGAGCAUCAGGAGUGUUAUACACCAUGCUGUUUAACGUGCUAGGUCUACCCGCCACUUCUGUUCCUGUGGGGAUGUGUGGAGAUCUGCCAAUUGCUAUACAGGUGAUCGCGGGCCCGAAUCAAGACCGGCUAUGCAUCGCCGUCGCCAAACAACUGGAGGUCGGCUUCGGGGGAUGGAGGCAUCCCAAGCACUAGGUCGAAAACGGUCAAAGUGACAAAAAUAUGUUUAAAUUACCUUAAGGUGAUGGCCACACGUUAAGGUUGUGUACACAUAUUUCAAAGAGGCUUCCGUGCAAGUAGAAUGCUAAAGGACAUCUAUAAUGUAAGCGGAAGUGACUGUUGAAAAUUAUUAUUUAUAAUAUAUAUCGCUUGUGACCAUGGGCGAAGAUCACCGCUUCCAAUCAGGCGGGUGUUCUGCUCUUUUACUUACUACCAUCAUCGUCAUCAUCAUUAGAAUAAAAAAGUUAGACUAUCAGAUAAAAAGCUGAUGUCAAUUUAAUAUUGUCGGAUAGUUGUUAAGUUUCGGGAGCAAUGAAAAACGGGGCAGUUGAAAGUUGGAAGUUGCCAUACUGUCCCGUUUUUAUGUUCCUGUGUGUAUUCAUAAUUUAUUAUGUAAUAGGUGGUUGAGAAUGAGGAGGCACACUGACAUUUUAUCCCGCCAGGCGGCGCCUGUGCAAUAGGCGAGACGACUAAAAAAACUAAUCAGUCCGUCAGUUAGAUUAUCCAAGAAUUUUAGACACGUAUUUUUUCUUUUUUCUCGUAAACGAAAAAUGACGAUGGUACAGUGCGUAGAAGUUUCGCGUGACAUCACGCCUAGGUACAAUUUUUACUUAGAAGUGACGUCACAAGCCCCCACU